AUGAAGUCGAAAGUACGAGCCCAGGAUGUCGUGGAUGCUGUGAAACGCUACCAUGGGUAUGCCAUCUCUAUGCGCCAGGCACAGCGAGCUCUUAAAAAACUCCAACCACGACAUGCUGAAGACCAGGGUGAACACGGGCUGGAUUUCGAUGCGAGUGCAGAGGAACAGGAAUCCCCCAAGUCGCAAGGAGAAGGGGUGCACGCAUAUGGGGAGAUAUCCGAGAAUCGCUGGCCUCCAGAGAAUAUCUCAUCAUCGCUGAUGGAUGUUGAUAACCUGUCCACAAACGAGACCCCGAACAACAACCUACCUGCUCUACCCUCUAGUUCCCAAGCCCUGCCACCUUCACAAGUGCAACAUGCACCGAUUACCACACCAAAAGAACCCUCUUUCGAUCAAAACCAGCACCCUAUGACUAUACCACAAUCAGGUGUCGAAUACCAGACUGCUACUUCUUUACCAGUAGGAGUGGGUGGACCUCCGAAAGUCUACCGCGAGCGCAGUGAUCACGAUGCCGUCCCUCAGAUGCUUCUUUCCAAUUUCAAGAUUGAAUUUACCUGCACAACCUGCGGGUCCUUGAACCAGAGCUUUUUCCCAAACCAGGGCAAUGUCACCGGUGCCAGCUAUAUGACCCAUCAUGCUGUACCAAAUCCUGGCAAUGUCCCAAGACACGCUGGGUCUACUUCCCAGAAUGGUGUUGGUAGUAGUAGUAAUCCAGUCGGCGAAACCCCUGCUUACGAUAUUAAUACCUCCAACACACCUACCAUCCAGAACACCUGGCCUGGUGGUGGCCUGGGAGUUCAAAUUGCACCGGCACGCACCUAA